AUGUUGAAAAUUGCCCCGUUUCUUCUAUUACUUGUUGUUGUGAGUUGUUUUCAGCUGAAUGAUAGAAUAUUACUUUCUAAAAUUCGUGCUCUUACUUUUUAUAAGGAAAAAUAUACGAGAUCUCUGAGAUUCUCUCCUUCUCCUCAGAUAGUUUGUGUGGGUGGUGAUGCAAAGGGUUUAUAUGAGCCAAGUGUGAUACAAUGCAAAAACAUGGGUGGUGAUUAUGAUUCAGAAGAUAUUCAAUGGAGUUGCUCUUCUAUUUUACCAUCUUAUUACAGACUUGGAAGAACAGAUGUUGUUUGUGAAGGAUAUGAUGGUUCUAAUAGUAAAUAUGUGCUUAAAGGGAGCUGUUUUGUAGAAUAUACUCUUCAUUUAACUGAAGAGGGACGGAUGCAUUAUAAAAAUGAUAUUUUUUCGUUUUUUAUGUCAAAGAAUAAUAUUAAUAUAUGGAUAAGUUUCUUCUUGCGUUUUUUUUUCUCCUUUAUCGUUAUUUAUGUUAUUUGUUUGCUUUUUAAAAGAUUCAGAAUAUCUCCACAGAACUGGUUUCCAUGGAAUUGGUUUGGUGGGGGCGGCAAUGGUCAUCCAAGAGGACCUCCACCUCCCUAUUCUGGGCCGCAUUAUGAUAAAAUGUAUCAUUCAUCAAGAUCUAUAUGGACACCUGGAUUUUGGAGCGGUCUUUUAGGAGGGGCUGCUUUAAGUUAUAUGAUGCGUGGAUCAAGAGAACGUUAUACACAUCCAAAUGGAAUGUUUUAUCGUCAUCAAUUUAUGGGUGAAGAAUAUAGAGAUAAUUAUAGAGAUAUGACAGAUAAUACAUCUGCGUAUACGAUGAGAAGAUCAACAGGUUUUGGUGGAACAAGACGGAGAUAA